AUGGCUCCUCCAAGCGUGCUCAUGGUCGGCACUGGCGAGUACACCACGGGAUUCGUGGGUACCGGCGCCUCUGGCUCAGACAAGAAGGUCGGCGUUGUUGGCCUCACCCUCUUUGACCUGCGCCGACGCGGCAAGGUCAGCAACCUGAGCAUGGUCGGUGUCAAUGGCACCAAAUUUCCCGCUAUCCGUGAACACCUUCACAAGAAUAUCACACAGGCAUACAAUGGCCUCGAUACCUCUUUUGAGUCCUAUCCCGCCAAUGAUACCAAGGACCCUGAUGCCUACAAGGCCGCAAUCGACCUGCUCAAGCCCGGAGACGCCAUCACCGUCUUCACCCCAGACCCGAGCCACUACCCAAUCGCUCUUUACGCCAUUGAGCGCGGCAUCCACGUUCUUCUCACAAAGCCUGCCGUCAAGGAGCUUGCCCACCACCAGGACCUGAUCGCCAAGGCCCGCGAGAAGAACGUCUACAUCUUCAUCGAGCACCACAAGCGCUUCGACCCCGCCUACUCAGAUGCCCGCUUCAAGGCCCGCACUCUCGGCGACUUCAACUACUUCUACAGCUACAUGUCCCAACCCAAGUACCAGCUGGAGACUUUCAAGUCCUGGGCCGGCAGGGAGUCCGACAUCUCCUACUACCUCAACAGCCACCACAUCGACAUCUGCGACUCCAUGGUCCAGGACCGCGGCUACGUCCCUGUCAAGGUCUCCGCCUCCUCCUCCAAGGGCGUCGCCACCGACCUCGGCUGCGUCGACGAGACCGAGGACACCAUCUCCCUCCUCGUCACCUGGGAGCGCAAGGACGCACCCAGCAAGCGCGCCAUCGGCGUCUACACAGCCUCCUGGACCGCCCCCCAGCGCGCCGGUGUGCACACCAACCAGUACUUCCACUACCUCGCCGCCAACGGUGAGGUCCGCGUGGACCAGGCCAAGCGCGGCUACGACAUUGCCGACGACUCGGUCGGUCAGCUGCAGUGGCUGAACCCCUUCUACAUGCGGUACGCCCCCGACGAGGACGGCAACUUCAACGGCCAGACCGGCUACGGCUACAUCUCGAUUGAGAAGUUCAUUGACGGCUGCCGGGCCAUCAACGACAAGACCGCGACGCUCGACGAUCUCGAUGCCAAGGGUCUGCCCACCCUCAAGAACACACUGGCCACGACGGCUAUUCUGGAGGCCGGACGACGAAGCAUUGACGAGAAGCGGGAGGUGGGCAUCAAGAUCGAGGGCGAUAUCUGGACUCUGGUAUAA